UGUUUCCUUUAUUAUAUAAAUUGUUCAGAUAGGAAAUUAUUACAAAAUGUCCUAUUUAGAUAUAUAUUUACACAACGGUGAAAAUUAGUUUUGUAGUCGUGCUGAGUAAGUUUUUCCUAAUUCUAGAUUGAUUUUUGAACACGGAGCUAUGCACAAUCUUAUCGAUACUUAUACCUAAUCACUUAGCUUUAGAUUGAUAUAGUGUUGUUAAACAGUGAUACUAUGCCUCUACAGCAUAGCAGAAUUCAGACAAACCACUCUUGUUCCGCGAUACACUAUUUAGUAAAUAUCAAAUAGAUGCUAUAGUAGCACUUUUGCGUAGCGGAAUUUUAACAAUCCACUAUCGGCGAUUGACAACAUUGGUUUGAUAUUACUUUGAGCCGCGAUUGACAACAUUGGAUUGAUAUUUUGUCAACGUGAAUGACGGCGUUGUUAAAUAUCGGCUAUGUGAUAUUGCGUAGCGGGAUUUGAACAAAUCGCUAUUGUUCGAUGAUACGCUAUUUAGUACAAAAUAUUCUGAAAUAACUGCUACAACACUGUUGUGUAGCGCAAUACAAACAGACCACUAUUUCCUGUGAUCCACAAUCGAUAUUCGAUAACACUGGUGCAUGGUGAAAUUGAUUAUACUUGCUCAGAAACUGAUCCCGGUGUAAUUAAUGUUACUGAUGCCUUGGCAUAUGUUAUAUGUCCUUUUGGUUAUGAAGCUCACAUGCUAGUUUUUGAGGAGAAGGGUAUCUCCUCUGUACAGUAGGAUCUGUAUACAUCAAAUCGAAGGAAGCUCCUGCUAAGGAUGUUCUUAAGGAUCUUGUAGAGAUGUGUCGUGGCAUUCAGAAUCCUGUUCGUGGACUCUUUCUCAGAAGCUAUCUUUCUCAAGUUAGCAAGGAUAAAUUGCCGGAUAUUGGUUCUGAGUACGAGGGGGAUGCAGAUACUGUAUCAGAUGCUGUAGAGUUUGUACUCCAAAAUUUCACAGAAAUGAACAAGCUUUGGGUGCGGAUGCAGCAUCAGGGGCCUUCCCGGGAGAAGGAGAAACGAGAAAAGGAGAGGAACGAGCUGCGAGAUCUUGUUGGGAAGAAUCUUCAUGUUCUCAGUCAGAUAGAGGGUGUUGACCUUGAGAUGUACAAAGAUGUUGUGCUUCCUAGAGUACUUGAGCAGGUCGUGAAUUGCAAAGAUGAGUUGGCCCAAUUCUACUUGAUGGAUUGCAUAAUUCAAGUCUUCCCUGAUGAGUACCAUUUGCAAACUCUUGAUGUGCUGUUGGGCGCUUACCCUCAACUUCAGUCAUCUGUUGACAUCAAGACAGUACUAUCCCAGUUAAUGGAAAGGCUUUCAAAUUAUGCUGCUUCAAGUGCAGAGGUUUUGCCCGAGUUUUUGCAGGUGGAAGCAUUUUCCAAAUUAAGCAAUGCAAUUGGCAAGGUCAUAGAGGCACAGCCUGACAUGCCCACCGCUGGCGUUGUAACUUUAUAUUCAUCUCUUCUUACCUUCACUCUUCAUGUCCACCCUGAUCGACUAGAUUAUGCUGAUCAAGUCUUGGGAGCAUGUGUGAAAAAUCUCUCUGGCAAAGGUAAAAUUGAGGACAAGAAGGCAACUAAGCAGAUUGUUGCUUUAUUAAGUGCUCCACUAGAGAAAUAUAAUGACAUUAUGACUGCCCUGAAGCUUUCAAACUACCCUCAUGUAAUGGAAUUCCUUGACGUUCCAACUAACAAGGUCAUGGCAACUGUUAUUAUUCAAAGCAUUAUGAAAAAUGGAACACGCAUUUCUACCUCUGACAAGGUUGAAUCAUUGUUUGAACUGAUAAAGGGGCUUAUCAAGGAUUCUGACGGGACUCCUGAUGAUGAGUUGGAUGAAGAUGAUUUCAAAGAGGAGCAGAAUUCUGUUGCACGUCUGAUCCAAAUGUUUUAUAAUGAUGAUCCAGAAGAGAUGUUGAAGAUAAUUGAAACUGUGAGGAAGCACAUACUGACUGGAGGACCAAAGCGUCUGCCUUUCACUGUUCCACCUCUUAUGUUUUCUUCUUUAAAGUUGGUCAGGCAGUUGCAAGGUCAAAGUCAAAGUCAAGAAGAAAAUCCUUUUGGAGAUGAUGCAUCAACAUCACCAAAGAAAAUCUUUCAGCUUUUAAAUCAGACCAUCGAGACUCUGUCCGGUGUCCUGGCACCAGAGUUAGCAUUGCAGUUGUGCUUGCAAUGUGCUGAGGCUGCAAAUGACUGUGAGUUGGAACCAGUUGCAUAUGAAUUUUUUACGCAAGCUUAUAUUCUAUACGAAGAAGAAAUUUCUGAUUCCAGAGCACAGGUCACAGCUAUUCAUUUAAUAAUAGGAACUCUUCAAAGGAUGCAUGUCUUCGGUGUUGAGAACAGGGAUACUUUAACUCACAAGGCCACAGGGUAUUCAGCAAAGCUUUUAAAGAAGCCAGAUCAAUGCAGAGCUGUGUAUGCAUGCUCACAUUUGUUUUGGGUUGAUGAUCAUGAUAACAUGAAAGAUGGAGAGAGAGUCCUAUUAUGCCUUAAGCGGGCUUUAAGGAUUGCAAAUGCUGCACAACAAAUGGCAAAUGCAGCACGAGGUAGCACCGGAUCAGUAAUGCUCUUCAUUGAGAUUUUGAACAAGUAUCUUUACUUCUUUGAGAAGGGAAACCCACAAGUUACAGUUGCUGCUAUCCAGGGCCUAAUUGAGUUAAUUAUGAAUGAAAUGCAAAGUGACACUGCAACUCCAGAUCCAUCGGCAGAUGCUUUCUUAGCCACUACUAUGCGCUAUAUACAGUUCCAAAAACAAAAGGGUGGUACAGUUGGUGAGAAAUAUGAACCGAUCAAGGUUUGACAUGUGGACGACUAAUAGUUUUGCGUUUGUUAUGUUACACUUCGGACCAAUUUGCUCAUGUGAUGAUCCAGCAACUGCUUUGAAUUGUCUUCUUUGGAUUUUAACCGAGAAACCACAAGUUUGUGUUCAUGAUUUGAGCUGACAGCAAAAACAUGUUCAGUUUGGACUUCGAUUCAUUCACUAUGUAACUAUUGAGACUGGGCAAAUUUUAAGUUUGCUAAUCCUUUUCUCUACAAAAUUGACAUUCAGUUUAGAUAAGUUAUCUGUAGUACAGUUACUAGAUUUAAAUUAUUCUAGUUGUGCACAAAGGUAUACACAGAUUUAUGGAUUUCUGUUGUAGAGUCUAUAUGCAGAUAAUUGUUUUUGGUCAUAUUUUUUAGCGGAA